AUGUUGACAAGUAAAACCACAAUCGACUCCGCCAAGGUUCAACCUUAUGGCAAACAUUAUCAAAAUGGCCUUGAACCAGUUCAAAAGAGCCAAGAAGAUAUCCUUCUGGAACCAUUUCAUUAUUUGUGCUCCAAUCCUGGUAAAGACAUUCGUUCUAAGAUGAUUGAAGCUUUUGAUGCUUGGCUUCAUGUACCCAAGGAUGAUUUGGUUGUCAUUACUCGUGUGAUUGAAAUGCUUCACAGUGCUAGUUUGUUGAUUGAUGAUGUGGAAGAUGAUUCCGUACUUCGUCGUGGUGUUCCUGCUGCUCAUCAUAUUUAUGGUACUCCACAGACAAUUAACUGUGCCAACUAUGUUUACUUUCUUGCUUUAAAAGAAAUCGCUAAACUUGAUAAGCCUAAAAUGAUUACUAUUUAUACUGAUGAGUUGAUCAAUUUACAUAGAGGACAAGGCAUGGAGUUGUUUUGGCGCGAUACAUUAACUUGUCCUACAGAAAAAGAGUUUCUUGAUAUGGUGAAUGAUAGCAAAAUGGUCUCAAUACUGACUUUUUUCUUAGAAACUGGCGGUCUUUUAAGAUUGGCUGUCAAACUGAUGCAAGAAGCAAGUCAAUCUGAGAUUGAUUAUACAAGCCUUGUUAGCAAGAUUGGUAUUCAUUUUCAAGUGCGCGAUGAUUACAUGAACUUGCAAUCAAAAAAUUAUGCUGAUAACAAGGGAUUCUGUGAAGAUUUGACAGAAGGAAAAUUUUCUUUCCCCAUCAUUCACUCUAUCCGUUCUGAUCCAAGCAAUCGCCAACUUUUGAACAUUUUAAAGCAACGCAGUAACUCACUUGAGCUCAAGCAUUUUGCUUUACAACUGUUGGAAAAGACAAACACAUUUGCUUACUGUAUUGAAUUUUUGAGGGUACUGGAAGAGGAAGCAAGAGAAGAAAUUAAAAAGUUAGGCGGUAAUCCUAUGCUAGAAAAAAUUAUGGAUGUCCUGAGUGUCAAGCCAUGA